AUGAAGGCGCUUACGAUAGUACCCCUUCUUUUACUAGUGAGUCAUGGCGAGGAGCUCCAGCUCUUUGUUAAACCAAAGCCCGAAGUGUGUCUGGGAUGUGCUGAGGUCUUCGAACUUCUGAACGAAGUUAUUCCUGAUGUAGGACACGUCAGCAAAGGCGAAUUCAAGGCGCAUAUUGAUGUGAGUCUUUUUUUUUGAAAGCUUUGCAGACAAUAUGUUUUGUGAUCGCAGAACAAGCUGCUCCACCAAAAAAGUUAUCAAUUAAUUUAACUUUUAGUUUGCCUGCAAGACGUUGUCAAGCAAAGGCGAUCAUAAAUACAAGGAUGUUUGCAAAUUCGUCAAGAAGAACCAAGCCUACAUCCUCCGCCACUUGAAAAAGGUUGGAAAGAUUGACGACAAGGAAACUUGCCACACCUUCUUGCGCUGCACUUUUGAUGAUGCAACCACCCAGCCUCCAAUAACGCAUCCUACAAGGCCCGUUACUGACUCUGGCCGCACUUCGCGUAGACCAUGGAGCCCAACUACGCGUGGACCAUGGAGACCGACUACCGGCGGUCCUACACCGAAACCUGGGCCUACUGGAGAGCCCUGGACUCCACGCCCUUGGCCUACCCACAGACCUCGGCCAACACAUGAACCCUGGACUCCACGCCCUUGGCCUACCCACAGACCUCGGCCAACACAUGAACCCUGGACUCCACGCCCUUGGCCUACCCACAGACCUCGGCCAACACAUGAACCCUGGACUCCACGCCCUUGGCCUACCCACAGACCUCAGCCAACACAUGAACCCUGGACUCCACGCCCUUGGCCUACCCACAAACCUUGGCCCACACGUGAGCCUUGGACUCACCGCCCAUGGCCAACUCACAGACCUCGGCCCACACAUGAGCCCUGGACUCCCCGUCCUUGGCCAACCCACAGACCUUGGCCAACUCGUGAGCCCAGGACUCCCCGUCCUUGGUCAACUCAUGAGCCCUGGAGACCAACUACGGGUGGGCCAUGGCGACCAACCACCGGAGGUACUACUGGAGCUCCGUGGAAAACUUCUAGCCGUGUGGAAAACUCAUCCAUUCCGCCGCGCCACUCAUCCCGCGUUUCAAGCAGAGGUUGGACAAACCCCACUAGAAGCAGCCGCAGAGUCCAAAGCUCUUCCCCUGCACCCAAGGUCAGCACCGAGAGAUUCUCUACUUCCAGACCACGUCCCACAACCUCUUCCUCGUUCAUUGCGAAGAUCCUCGGCUUCUAAGCCAAGCAAAAGUGAUUUUUGGUUUGAACGAUAA